AUGGAUCUCGCGACGCACAUCCUGCUCCUGCUGUGCGGGUACUUGUCCUUCAAGGCGCUCCGCCUCGCGCCCACAUUCUUAGCCUCACGGCACAACAACAUUUACGAUUGCAUCCCUUCGCAUUCAACGCUGCGGGGACACCCCGCAGCGCUCGAGUCGGAAGCGACUGAGGAUGACACCAAGUGGCUGACCUUCUGGUUCGUGUACUCGAUCUUCUCCCUGGUGGAGUCGAUUUGCUCCUACGUCUCCUUCAUCAUCCCCUUCUACGGCGAGAUCAUGUUUGGCGUUCUAGUCUUCCUUGCCUUCUGCGGCGGCGCCAAGAUGGCCUACUCCAUGCUGCUGCGUCCGCUGCUGCUCAAGUACGGCAAAGAAAUCGACAACAGGCUGAGCCGUGUUCCGGGCAUGGACAUUGACCCCAUCGACGACAUCAAGGCGUGA